UUCUUCAAUCGCCGCGAAGAUUUCACAGCGUUUGGGCGUGUUUUUUUCCGUAUCAGCUCAGCGAUUCCACAUAUGCGGGCUUAAUUAAUUCAUAAAUAUAUAAACACAACCGACAAACAGGAAGAACGACGUCACAGUUCUGCAUUCAAUCAAGAAAAUUGAUUGAAAAACUCUCGCGAAAACCUAAACUCCAAUUUAAAUUCGCACAUCUCUCUUUGUACCUGUGUCUCUGUUUGUGUGGGCAGCAUGUGUAUUUGUGCGUGAGCAAAUUAUUGUAUAAUAGCCAAAAAAAAUAAUAAAAUAAAAAACGCCAACGCGAGAACAAAAAACUUACAAAUCAAAAAACCUUGCUAAGAAACGGAAUUAGCAAAAAAAAACGAAAACAAUUUAAUGACUAAAAUUUUUGUUUAACUGCGCUGAACUUAGUAAUUACUUCUCAACAGCAGAUCAAAUCAACAAAAGCAACAACACUUUAAGAGCUGCCAAAUAUUAAAUAAAAAAAAGUAAAAUACAUUCAAAAACUGGUUGACCUACUAAAUUUAAUGAUUACCAGUCAUCAAAACAAAGAAACUGCAUAAAAACCAUAAAACAAAACCAGUCGAACUACUGGAAAACGACUGAAUCCGCUGAUCUACUAAAAACCCUCUGCAUAAAUCAACCUCUUGAGCUUCUGAUUUCAUCGAUUACCCACUACAAAAUGCAGGCCAUCAAGUGUGUGGUUGUGGGCGACGGAGCGGUGGGUAAGACCUGCCUGCUGAUCAGCUAUACGACCAACGCCUUUCCCGGCGAAUAUAUACCCACCGUGUUCGACAACUACUCGGCCAAUGUGAUGGUGGAUGCCAAGCCCAUCAAUCUGGGACUCUGGGAUACUGCGGGUCAGGAGGACUACGAUCGCUUGAGGCCUUUGUCCUACCCCCAGACGGAUGUCUUUCUCAUCUGUUUCUCACUGGUGAAUCCGGCCUCCUUUGAGAACGUGCGGGCCAAAUGGUUCCCGGAGGUGCGUCAUCACUGUCCGAGUGUUCCCAUUAUCCUCGUGGGAACCAAGUUGGAUCUUCGCGACGAUAAGCAGACGAUCGAGAAGCUGAAGGACAAGAAGCUGACACCCAUUACCUAUCCUCAAGGAUUGGCGAUGGCCAAGGAGAUAGCCGCGGUGAAAUAUCUGGAGUGUUCGGCCUUAACCCAAAAGGGUUUGAAAACCGUCUUCGAUGAGGCUAUACGAUCGGUGCUAUGUCCCGUGGUUCGAGGUCCAAAGCGACACAAGUGCCUCCUGCUCUAAAGUGUUUGAACCACCAAAAAACAACACAGAGAGGAACUUCAAAAACUGGAGAACAAAGCGCAAAUUCUGUGCAAAAUUUUCAUAUUCAUUCGCUUUGUUGGGUUUACAGUUACAUGGUGUGAGUGUGAGGGUGUAUCAGUGUGAGUGAGAUGGCAUGAGCGUGUGAAUGAGUGAGCGUAUUUUUGUUUUUAUUGUCAGUUUUAUGUGGGGGAGCAGCAGCCAGAAAUAGGGUGGGGGGUCUCUGGGGGGCAGAUCACGCAUAAGCAGAUAUACACAUAAACAUAUAAGUAGGCGUACACGGGAAAAAAUGGAAGAAAAUCUUAAACUCAAAAUAUAAAAUGAACAAAUUAUAUUGGAAGAUUUCAAAUCAUUUUUUAGUUAUAAUUGUAAAUUAAAACCUAUUAAAAAUUUACAAAAUAUUUAAAUGGGUUAGAAAAUGAUUUUUAAAAUAUUGUUUGAUUGAUUCGAUAUAACAAUUUAAGUUCACAAUAUGAUAAACAAUGGUUUUUCUACAUAACUUAAUGAGAACCGGCACAUUUUAUUGUUUCUUCCUGUGUUUGCGCAUAGGUCUAAUGCAAAAAUGACUUGCUCAGCGAAAUGUAUGACAAAUAAAAUUAAUUGUAAAUAAAUCUAGACGAUUUAAAGUCUUCAGCGCCCAAACACAGUCGCUAUAACCAGUACCAGAUAGCUCUUAUCUGGACGGGGGAGUAAAGCCCAGGCAAGGCCCCGCCUAUGACCAAUAUCUGAACAAUCGAACGGGGAAUCGGGGAAUGUGGCAAGCCGACAAAAAAACUUUCAUUUAUAUAGUAUUUAGUGCUACGUGUGAAUGUGCGUCUGAUCAAUGGUCUUCCCACUCAAUGCAUUUGCCUGGACUUGAUUUAAUGUAUACUAAAUGCACAAUUAGCCUCUACUUUGAUGUUAAUUUAUAUACUGAUAUUUAUGUUAAAUAAAUGCAUACACUUUGCCAAAAUGUUUUUACAAAAGAGAAAAAAAUAUAUUUAUAUUAACACAUAAUUUACCAAUAAAGAGUGUAACAUUAAUCAACCAAAAUAAACGCUUGUAAAAAACUAAA